AUGGCUGACGAAAAACAUCGCAUGCUCUUUCAGGGCCAAGAUCCUUUGGGCCAAGACCCAGAGCUCAGUGUGCGCAGUGCCAUAUUGGGGCCGACCUCCACAGACGAUGUUCAACAGCUGGCCGCUCUGCCGCCCACCUACGACGAUGCCAUGGCCAGUGCGCCCCACUACGCCACCUUCAAUUUCGCCCACGCCGAUCGACGACGCACCUUCUUUGCCGAGCCGCAGCAUUUUCGCUCUGGACUACCCUACGUGCUCGGCGCCGAGCAGCCCUCGAUGACGUUAAACAAUGAAAACACUGUGCGAUUGCAGCCGCUGCCGCUGAUGGCACAGGAUGUCCACGAUGUCCACGAUGUGCAGGAUGCGCCGUCGCAGCACAUGUUCGGGCGUGUACCAAUGCCCCAGGUGCGCACAUUUUUUUCAUUGGCCCCACAACCCAAGCUGGGCAUACAUCCCAGCACCAUUGUCUGUCCCGCCUGUGGCCAGCAAGGACUCACCCGACUGCAGCGCUCGCCCAACUCACGCACCCAUUCUUGGGCGCUGUGGCUCUGUUCCCUUGGUUGGUGCUGCUGUGCCUGCAUCUGUCCCUAUCUCAUCGAUAGCUGUCGGACAACAAGCCACUACUGUGCCACCUGCCAGACUUUUCUGGGUGCCCACUAUCCCAAAAGCUCAACAACAACAACAGCAACGGAGGCUCAACAUGGUCGUUGUUUUUGUAACCAUUACUGUGCGAUUGUGCGUGUGAAUGCUGGUGGUGAUGGUGGUGGUGUUGGCGGUGGUGCUGGUGGUGGUUCUAACGCCCAUGUUGAUGCCAGCAGCGGAAAUGACGCUAUUUCCGUUGCAACGCAGGACGCACGCACGCUGAUGAAACGCGAUGUGUCAGCGACCGACAACAACAACAACAAUAGCAACAGCAAAAAGCGCGAUCAGGAAGAUGUGAACGGGGACGAGCACGAGAACGCGGAUGAUGACGAUGACGAUGAUGAUGAUGAUGAAGCUGUUGUUGGGGAGGAAGCGAAUCCGCAGUCACAUCAGCGACAGCUCAAGCAUUUCAAAGAUUUUGAUUUUACCGCCUAUGACAAUGAUUUCAAUUUACAAGAAGAGGCCUCCAUACCCGAGGACAUAUUUGACCAACGACACAUACCAAAUGGCAAUGACGACCACUCUGGUAGCAACAACAACAACAACAACCACCACAACAACAAAAACAUGGGCGAAUAG